UACUUGAUUGAGCAUUUAAAACAUGUUGCCUAGCUGCCUUAUAACUUUUUAAUAUAUAUAUUAUAUUUGUGAUGGGACAAACUCGCUUUUAUGUGUGAAGGAAACACUUACCAACAUUGUAACAGGUAACAGUUUCCAUGGAAACAUGCUUAGAGGCAACAUGGAGUUCCUACAGUGGAGUUGUGAUGAUGUUGCAAGAUGGAUUGAGUCUUUAGGAUUCCCACAAUACAAAGCGUGUUUUACGGAGAACUGCAUCACUGGAAGAAAGCUCAUUUAUGUCAAUUGUAUCUACAUGCCAAGACUUGGAAUCAGAGAUUUUAAAGACAUGAAGCUCUGCUGUACUGUCGAAGCAUCAAACCAAAAAAGAAAAGAAAAGAAGAAUAACUGGCCUCUCUUGGUCAUCUGUGCUGGUGUGCGUGAGCUGCUGGGGAUCACAGAGACCCCGUGGAGUCGCAACAUCGCUGACCCUCCACGGGACAGCAUGGGCUUGUUCUUGGAAAAAAAGAGCCGGACAGGUGAACUGGCGGACAACCUCACCUACCAGCAGUUCCUGGAUGACAUGCAUCCGUCAGAGAGACAUGAGUCACAGCAGUAAAGGAGUGCAGCGAAAACCAAGACUUGUCAGUGUCAUUUCAUAUCACAAACUGUCAGCUCAUGAUGACUCCGAUGAAUCACUCACAGACACACACAUGCAGGCCUUGACAACAACACUUCCCACCAGCAAAAUGCUUGUAUUUUGUAUUCUGCUAAGUUUUUGUGUAAGUGUAGCGAACAUGAGUGCAACACUUUUUUUUUCGCAAUAUCAGCGACUUUGUGCACACACGUACAGUGAUACAUAUAUUUAGUUUUAAUUGCUUUUGCCAUUCCAGCUCUGGAUAACCAUGCCUGAACCACUUAGGCUAUUCGUAUUGAUCUCAAGUGGUUGUGUUGUAACUGGAUGCAGCUAUUGAUCUGAGUAGAAAUCCUCAGGAUAAGUCUAUGGAUGGCAACAGACACCUAUUUUACACCCUGGAGCAGUAUAGGGCAUUGUUCUUGGGAAUAAAAAAAAAAAAAGCACUGAGUCUGCGAGUCCAAGAAGUAUCCUGUGUCGCUGUAGGCUACUUUGCCAACUUGCACAAAAGGCCAAAGGAUCAUUACAUCAGAUAGUGAUGGGUCAAGGGCUAAGCAGACCCACGGGGAGCCAGGGCUUUCAGUUUCAG